AUGCCAAAGCCGGAUGACAAAGGAGCCUGUUCCUCGUAUUGCGAAGUCAAAGUCUACUUCACCCAUGGUAGAGAAGUUCCCUAUGAUGCGACACCAUGUGAAGGAACAGAGUGCGCCAUCAAGAAAGGCAAAACUGUUAGCACCACCAAUACUUGGGAAAUUAAUGGAACUGUUGGUAUUGAGGCAUCGAAGUCGGCAUUGAUGGGAGCGUUCAGCAUUGGAGGAAGCUACAGCUACAGUACAACAGUAUCCUAUAGUGAAGAGGCUGAAUCUAAAGAAACCCUCGAUGAUGGUGAAUGUGGCUAUUGGACUUGGGUGCCAACAUUCGUCACGAGCUGUGGUACACUCACGACAACGUCCAGUCAUGAUACUAGCGCCUUGGGAGCAUAA